AAUAAUAAAAAUAAAUCCAAUCAAAGUUACUGACGAGCAGCACACGCAAAUAAUAAGCGAGCGCCGUAAUAGUUUCUAGUAAAAUACAUCGCGUAUACGAAGCGUGAAACACAAAGCGAUCAAAUAAACGUAAACAAUUACAGUUAAAUACAAAAUACCGUCAAACUAACGGAAAUUUGUAACAGGAAUCGGAACCAUGCUGUAGUCUGUGCAGACAUCUGGAAAGGAUGCCACUGGAGUGUAAACGUUUACUGGACAAUUAUCUUUGGAUAUGAACAUGGAAUUCGAAUUUCCGGACUUUUCUCGCCCCGAUUUCAUGGAUGGCAUCGACAAUGAGGCUCUGGAUUUGUUUAUGCAAGCCGCCGGCGUCAGUGCGCUGGACGAUGCGGCACAGCACAGCAACAAUGAGGCGCUCAGCGUGGAGCACACAUCGGCGGCGGCUGUUGUUGGCAUCUCCAAGUUGGAAUCGCCGCACACGCCGCCGAUGAAUGUGCUGGAUGCACAGCUGACGGGUCGUGCGAGUGCGAUGGCCAUGCCGCUGGCACAUUUGCCCGAGAGUCCGCCCGACUCGGGCUCCGAGCCCGCCUACAGUCCGCUGGGAGAUGUGCAUGCCCUUAACGGGCGUGACCUCAUCUAUCCCGGGCUGGUAACCAUGCAACAGCAGCAGCAGCAGCAACAUCCGGGCAUGUUGCAGACGGACCUGCAGUUUACUUCGCCACCGCCGCCGCCACAGCAGGGUCAUCAUUUUGUGGCGCCUGGGCAGGAUGUGCGGGUGAAGCAUGAGCUCAUCAAUGCCAACGGCUUGCUCUGCCAGCAGCAGCUGGGCGAGCAGCAGCUGCUGCCCAUGCAUCAUCCGCAGCAGCAUCAGCAGCAGCAGCAGCAGCAGCUGCAACAACAUCACGAACUGCCGCAGGAGCAGCUGCUGUAUCAGCACUACGAUAACGGGCAUAGUCUGUAUGGCGGGGGCAGCUAUCAGAAUCUGUCCAGCAUGUCCACCUGCAUGUUGACCUCGCCGCUGGGCCUGGGCGAUCGCGUUCAGGUAAUUGGCACCAGUCAAUUGUCGCUGAAUCGCAGCUCCACGCCCUCCACGCCGGUGCAUUCGUUGUCGCGGAAGCGCAAGAUGUCCACCCAGCUGGAUUGCCCGGACUUUGCGCCCGUGGCGAAGCAUGAAGCGGGCCUGCAGAUGAGCCCGCUGCGCAGCUCCCAUCACUCCAUAACAGUGGUAACACGAGACAAUGCCGCAGCUACUCCAACCAACGGCAACAGCAGCAGCAGCGAUCACGAUCUGAGCAAGACACCCGCGCAUUCACAUUGCUCCGCCUCCGUUUCGCCGGCGUUGUCCGGCAUCAACUCGCAGGCGGAGAACAGCCUGGACGGGCAGACGAGCAAUGCGGCGGGCGGCAGCGGCUCGGGCAGCGAGGCUGGCGAUCCGGCAUUGACCCAGUGCAUACGGUUCAGUCCAUUCCAGCCGGAGAACUGGCACAAGCUGUGCGACCAGAGCCUGCAGGAGCUGUCCGUCAUCUAUUACCGUGUCGAUGCGGACAAGGGCUUCAAUUUCAGCGUCUCGGACGACGCGUACGUGUGCCAGAAGAAGAAUCACUUUCAGGUUACUUGCCAUGCGCGCCUUCAAGGAGAUGCCAAAUUUGUUAAGACCCCGUCCGGAUUGGAGAAAAUCAAAUCCUUCCAUUUGCAUUUCUAUGGUGUCAAAUUUGAGGCGCCCAACCAAACGAUACGCGUGGAGCAGAGCCAGUCGGAUCGCUCAAAGAAGCCAUUCUAUCCCGUACCUAUCGAUCUCCAGAGCCAUAUUGUCAGCAAAAUCACCGUGGGUCGCCUGCACUUCUCGGAGACAACCAACAAUAACAUGCGCAAGAAGGGACGUCCGAAUCCGGAGCAGCGUUUCUUUCAGCUGGUCGUCGGUCUGCAUGUGCACACCACAUCCGGACAUUUUCCGGUUGCUAGCCAUGGCAGCGAGCGCAUUAUUGUGCGCGCCUCGAAUCCGGGUCAGUUUGAGUCCGACGUGGAUCUAUGCUGGCAGCGCGGCAUCACCCAGGAGUCCAUCUUCCAUGCGGGCCGUGUGGGCAUCAACACAGAUCGGCCGGACGAGAGUCUUGUGGUGCACGGCAAUCUCAAGGUAUCCGGCCACAUUGUCCAGCCCAGCGACAGUCGCGCCAAACAGGAAAUCGCCGAACUGGACACAUCGGUCCAGCUGCGCAAUAUGCAAAAGAUACGCAUUGUGCGCUAUCGCUACGAGCCGGAAUUCGCCGUACACUCGGGCUUGAGGCGUGAGAGCGAUACCAGGGAAAUCGUUGACACGGGCGUUAUAGCACAGGAGGUGCGAGAGGUUAUACCGGAUGCGGUCCAAGAGGCUGGCAGCGUCGUACUGCCCAAUGGGAAUGUUAUUGAGAACUUUUUGCUGGUCAAUAAGGAUCGUAUACUAAUGGAGAACAUUGGGGCCGUGAAGGAGCUGUGCAAGGUCACCGGCUCGCUGGAGACGCGCAUUGAGAAUCUGGAACGGGCCAACAAUAGUCACAAUAGCCACCAAUUGCGUGCCAAGGAUCUUUUAGAGCCACGCUGCAUUCUACCGCCGCGCCUCCACAAGCCGAACAAUCGCAGCAAUGAUGGUUACGAGAUCUGCUCCAGCCGCAUGAUGCAGAUCAUCAUCUUUCUGCUGAUCAUUGUAAUGGCCGCCUGCCUGGCUGCCGUGUCCACGCUGUAUUUUGUGGAGCACAAUAAGCAGCAACAGCACAUGGACGGGUAUCCCGUGUUCGGCGACGGUCGCCUCUUUCGACCGGAUGGGCCGACGCGGCUCAGCGACGAGGAUCGUUUCAAUUUGCAGCAAAGCCUGCAAACGCUCUUCAAGAACAAAACCCACGGGGCGUGGCCAAGUUUAAUUUAUGGCGCCAGCACAGCACGACCCACGGGCCGCAGCACAGCCAUGCGGCAGGGCGAGGGCGAUGAGGCUGGGCACGCGGAUGAAGAGGAGCAGGAGCUGACGGCGGUGAUGAACAACCCGCAGGUGAAUUUGCCGCUGCCCAAGCUCCAUCCGCGCAUCACGACAACGGCGCCACGCAACAACAACAACAACAAGACGAUUGUCAGCAAAAACAAGUCGAAAUGGCCGGUGAGCCAGGAGGCACUGCGUCCGGCUGUCGCACAGAAACUGCUGCAGAGCGUGCGCGCGACAGCCGUGGGCAGAACCCUGGCGGCCAGCAACAACGACACGGAAACCUCCUCCGAGAAGCCGCCGGGCAUACCGCUAUCCCAGGACUUUGAGAACAACUCCAUAGAUGUGGAUGCCCAGCUGCAGCAGCAGCAGCAGCAGCAGCAGUUGCAGCUACAGCAGCAGCUGAAGCAGCCCACCAAGCUGGACGAGCACAUUGUGGUGGUGGGCACCAUUGCCAGCACCGCGGUGGACACUCUGGCCGCCGAUGCCGGGCAGGCCAUACGCAAGCUGAACGCGGGCGAUGCGGCCAUCUACAAUGUGUACAAGACCGUAUCGCCGCCGACGGCCAAUUUGGCGCUGACCACCAACAAGGUCAGCCCCGAGCAGAGCCAAGUGCAGAGCACGCUCGCCCUGGCCCUGGACGUGCCGCCGCCGGCAGCUGUGCGCAACAGCAGCGGGGCCAAGGACAGCGCCGAUGCCCUUGACCUGCAGAAUUUGAGCAAUACCAACGAGUCGGAGACCGCGGAUAAUCCCAUAACGGCGGUGUUCGGGUUCGAGUAUACGGAAGCAAGUCUGCGUGAUUCCACGGUGGGUCGCCGCUCUGCGAAUCAGCGCAGUCUGGACUGGAUCAGGCACAAGAGCCUGAAGACGCCGCUGUUUGGCCAGCCGCCGGAGUGCAAUGGCGACGAGGCCGUCAGCGAUAAUUGUCAGUCCACCUGCUUUGAGGAGCUGCAGCCAGCUGCAGCUGUUGCCGACAAUCUGGAUGUCAAUGUCAAGCACCAGCAUGUCGAAGAUGAGCUGCAGUCCGCCGAGCAGGAGUCGGAUGGCGACAUAUUGAUCAUACAGCCGGUGUCCGGCAACGAUACGGCCGCUGCACGUGUCUAUCAUGGCAAAAGCUCGCACACAACAUCCGCCCGGGCCAAGCAAUAUUCCAGCGAAGCGGAUGGCGUCGUCGGCGAGGAUGCCCUCUACACGGUGCUAAACGAGGCGCCGCCAACGGCUGCCGACCACGUAAAGCUGCCGGCCAAGGCUGCGCCCGUCGCGCUGCUGGCCACGGCAACGGAAACUGCAACAGCAAUGCCUCAUCCUCUGGAUUGCUGGAGCAUUAGCACUUGUGUGCUGGCCGGGCUAAACAAUCAAACUAUCGACGUGGCGCAGUUUUGUCCCAGCUCCGGCAGCUCCCUGAAUGUGAGCUAUACUGUGCCCGUGUCGCGCUAUUUGCAGGCCGUCAGCUUGGAGCUGCAUUUCAGUUCCAGCAAGCCGCUGCAGUGGUCCAUUUGCAGUGAUGAGGAUCAGUCCAAGUCGAAUGCGGGCGCACAAUUGAACGAGGAUGAGGACGCGACGCCCAGCAGCUGGGUCAAGGUGCUCAAGCAAUUGGGCAACAACAAGCUAAUCCUAGCACUGGACAUGCCCAGUCGUGGCAACUUUUUGCGCGACUUUAUGCUGCGCGCCAGCCCAGACCUGGAACAACAAAAACUAUGCGAUGACAACGCCCACGUGGCGAACCCUAUACUCCAGUACAACUUUAGCAUCGUAAGAAAUUGUGAUUAGUUAACAAUUUAAUUUAUGGCACGGAUCGAAUCGAAACCGAAACGGAAACGGAAAUGUAAACAAACACCACAAAGAAAUGUUUUCGCACGUUUUCCAACACUUCAUUCCAGCGCUCAGCUGCAACUGCUUGCAGUUGAAUGCUGGCAACAAAUAUGGCAAGAACAAAAAAAAUACAAAAAUACAAAAACAAACAAAAACAAAUGCAUUCAAAACAUUUAUCGACAUUUUAAAUAAAAAUAUUUAGUAAAAUGUA